GACAGCAGGCAAACUGUGCUGAGACUUUACAGGGAUGCUGCUGCCUUCCAUCCAACCAUGCUUCUGUUCUCUGGAACACAAGUGUUUUCAGACUAAUGCCACUAAAGGAAUGUUCCUGUUGAUACUGGUGUUAAAUUUGCUUCUGUGUGAGAAUGUUGUCCCUUUGCCUGUGAAUGUCCCUGGAGCUGGACAAGGUGAAGUCUACCUCCAGGACCUGUUCGAUCAUGCCCUCAUGCUGUCUUAUAACAUCAGUAAACUCAAUAGGGAAAUGCGCAAGAUGUUUUUCACCAAUGACUUCUCUUCCAACACAUUCUUUAAAUUUAUGUUGGACUUGUACAAGAAUGAGAAGACUAUGUCCAAGAUGUUGGACAGCUGCCACGCUGUCCCCGUCAACAUCCCACAAACAAUACAGGAAGCCCGAAAGUUAUCACUUGAAGACUUUCUGAAAAUAACACUGAAUCUAAUGGGAACUUGGAAUGACCCUUUAUACUACCAAGUGGCCAAACUCACUGGUAUGCCAGGAGCCAAUGAUGCUAUCCUGUCCACAGCAAAAGAUAUUGAGGCCCGAAACAAAGAGCUUCUAGAACUCAUCAAAUGGAUACUCAACAUGGUUCAUCCGGGAAUUGAAAAUGAAGACUAUGCUGAGUGGUCAGAUCUGGAAUCUUUGAAGGCAUCUGAUGAAAAGGCUUGCCUCUCUGCUUUAUUUAAAUUGUCCUUCUGCUUGGGGACUGACACAAAGAAGGUUGACCUUAAUCUCAGAUACCUGAUAUGUUCCUUUAUUGGUGGCAAUACCUGCUCGUCCUCAAGGUUGAAAAAUGAUUUCUAUGACCCAGUCUUUUGAAGGUUCUUUUUAAUUUUAUACAUUUGAAGACAUACAUGUAUUUAGAGGGUCUCUUUAAAGAAGUAAAAAUAGAUAUUUUAGAUUUACUCAAGUAUAAGAAAAUUUGUCAUUAGCUUUUUUUUUUCAUUUAGUCCCAAAUGUUACAAGAACAUUGAAACAAUUUGAUCACAAAUGACAAAUGUUUUAUUGGAAAUCUCAAGCAAUUUAUAACUUAGGGUCAUAAUAAAAUAAUGUUGAUCAAGUUAUAAAAACAAAGCAUGAGAUCAGAAUUAAAAGGAGAGCUAAGCUACUGAUAAUAUGGACAUGUUGGGAUACCUUAAGAACAGCAGGCAUGUCUUUAAGUCAAAUGCCAGUGAAAUGACAGAAAAUACCAUUUCCAUGUGACUGUAGUAUGGCAGCAUUCUAAGAACUUUUUGAACUGAAAGUAGUAGGGUUUAAACAUAGGAUGGUAUGAGAUGGAACUACCUUCAGCCAUGCUCUUUUAAAUUAUCACUUUUUUAGAACUCACAUUGACACAGUCAAUAUGUUCUCUUCUCUCUGAGUCUAUGAGUCUUUUUUGUUCUAUUUCAACUUACCUUAAAAUAACUACUUAAUACAUUUAUGUUCUCUUAUGGCUCAAAUCAGAUAUCAGGAAAGGCAGAAAAGAGAUGGUCAAUUUCUACAAUGCUGCACUAAUUGCCUCUUGAUAUCCAUUCCUUUGAAUUUGUCAGAAUGGAAAGGAGGCUUAAGAAAAAAUAAGAUUCUUUCAUUACCCACUAAUAUGGUGAUAUCAAAGACUUACUGCUGACAAGAUUAAAUUCACUCUCAGUAGCAGUUGACUCAUUCAUAGGGCACACUAGCAUUUGCCUAAAACACCUACUAGAGAGUACUUCAAGUUACAAUAUCUUUAUCAACAUACAUCCUCUAGAUACGUUUUUCUACCCACUCUAUAGCUCAGUCAUCUGUCUCACACUCUACAAUCUGUAUUGUAGAUCCCCUCAUCUUUAAGGAACACUACCAAAAGAAAUCAAUAAAAGUGUGCAUUAUACCAAAUGACACAAAUAUCAUGCAAGAGGACUUCCCUAACAGUGGAGUGAUAACAGUGCUGGAUUACAGCUGACCUCUUCCUAGGGUUGCUACCAGUUCUCUCUUCCUCCCGUUCAUAUGGAUCCAGACUAGAUCAGAAAGUGAAAUUUCUUAGCCUAUUUUCAUCAGAGAUUGAGGGUUCUUAUCAUUCCUUUCUUUUGAAAUCCAUGACUAAUUUUAUGUAGAAAAAAUCACCUUAAACUAGGUCAUGUAGACAUUUGCUAUGAGGUCACUGAUCUCAAUACAUCCUCACUAUAAAGCUAAAACACCUAAUAUUCUCUUUAUGUUGUUUGGUGAACAGUACAGAAUUCAGCUUGUUAGCUGUCUCUAAGAAACCUAAGAUGUGAGCUUUUCAACUGAAAGAUCUCCUUAAAGGGAAUUGAAUGGCUAGGCUGUAUUUCCUAUGCACAUCAGGGAGUUUCAAAGAUUCCUAGAUAAUGAGAGACAACAACAUUUUGACAGAUGUGUAAAUAAAAGAGUAGGAUUAAAAAGCAAAACAAAACUGUAUUGUGGAAAAGAAGCAAAGAAAGUAAAGACUAAAGGAAAGAAAACCAAUAAAAGACAUGACAAAAAGACUGCCAUGCUGUUACAAUACCAAAAUACAUAAAAAACUAAAACUACCCUCAAUUUAGACCCUCAUAAGAAAUUCAUAUCACCUUGUCUCAUAUCCCACAUCUUUUAUUUCCUUUCUUGCUUUGUUGAACGUUUAAUUUAAAUUUGAUUAUUAUUUGCUUUAUCUGUUGAAAUGUUAAAGCUUCAGUGUAAAACAAAACCAGACAGUUCUCCAUGUCAGAAAUCAAGAAAAAUUUCUCCUACAUAAUAAAAAAUAAUAAAUGUUAAUAUUUAUUGUUUCAACAAACCCAUAUCUUCUCUCAAAGCCAGAGGAAUUUAUCUGAACUUUGCUUUUGUUUCCAGUGUGAUGGUCCUUCUUUUUCAGAACAUAGCAGAACACAGCUCAAUAAACUCAUCGACCCCUCUACUAGCUCUUGAAUGCAUGCAAAACAGUAGCUGCCCUAUUAUAUGUCACCCUUUUCCUUCAAAGGCAGGAGAGUGUGGUGUGAUCCAAAUGCACACAUAUCUAUGUUAUUCAUGAUCCACAUCUGCUUUGCUUUAUAUUUGACAUUUUUA